UGCUUUGCUUAACUGGCUUGUGGGGGGCGUCCCUAGCUGAACUGGACGCAGACUUGAAGGCAGAAGCUACGAUGGACCACUUAACGCACACUUAUGGGCUCGAUCACCAGAAGAGUUAUGCGUAUGACCACCCGAAAAGUUACGGCGAUGACCACCUCAAAGGUUACAAACAUGACCAUCUUAAAGGUUAUGACCAUCAUAAAGGUUAUAGUCAUCACAAAGGUUAUGACCCCAAUAAAGGUUAUGACCAUCACAAAAGUUAUACCCAUCACAAAGGUUAUGACCACGAUAAAGGUUAUGACCACCACAAAGGUCAUGACCAUCAUAAAAGUCAUGAACACCACAAAGGUUACGACCAUCUUAAAGGACACAAGCAUGAUCACCACAAAGGCGGCAAAAUUGAACAUCAUAAAAUUUACAUCAUUGAACACCAUAGAGGGCACGAUAGUCAUGGCAGUUAUGACCAUCACAAGGGUCAUGACCACCAUAAAGGAUAUAGGCAUGAUCACAAAGGACAGGAACACGACUACCUUAAGGGCUACGAUCACGAUCGCCAGAAGGAGCACGGACGAGACGCCCACAUGGGUUAUGGACCCAGUCCUCUCAAAGACUAUGGACACGACUCGCCCGAAGAACACGGCCGCCUCAAAGGCUACAACAGCCAUGAUCAUCACAGUGCUUACAGACGUGACCACCACAAAGGCUACUACAGUCAGGGUCACCAAAACGAGUAUGACGACGACGGUCAUCCUAAGGGUUAUGACCAUGGGCACGAUAAGGGUUACGUACACGACGAUCACAGAGUCUACAAAGAAUAUGCACAGGAUCAUUAUAAAGAAUAUGACCUCGAUGACCAUAAAGGCUAUGGAAAUGAUCAUUAUAAGGGUUAUAGUUAUGACCCUAGCGGGUAUGGAUAUGAUCUUAAGAGUAAUGCAUAUGAGUCUAACAAAAAUUACGAGUACGAUUACAGUGGCUAUGGUAAUGAUGAUUAUGGCCAUGGCUACGAUGAUUACAAAGGAAAGGCUGAAGAUGACAACAAAAACUACGGCCAUGACUAUGAAAGCUAUGGACAAGAUCAUCCUAAAGGUUAUAGAAAUAUUGAUCACAAAGGUUAUGACUAUGACCACCAUCAAGGAAAUGACCACAGUCACAAAAUCUAUGGACACGCCCACCAAAGCAGCUAUGGAAAUGAUCACUACAAAGGCUACUUCAAUGACCAGCACAAAGGUUACGGCAGCGAUCAUCAUAACGGUUACAGCCAAAGCCCAAAAUCCUACAGCCACAGAGGCUACGGACCCGACCUUACAGGUUACGGUUUUAACGGAUACAAUAACUACAACUCCGGGAAACACUACGAGGUUAGACACGGCAAAACAAACGGCUACGGCAAAAGAUACGGAUACGGCCUCGGCUACGGAAGAAGCCAUAGCUACGACUAUGCCAAACGUGGGCCAGGCUACGGUCAGAGAGUCGGGUAUCUCGGAUUCGGCAAUUUGUAUGCCAACAGGAACCUUUACAACAGACGAUACGGAUACGGUUCUCCGCUUGGCCGUAUGCACAGGUACGGGUUGGCAAUGGCUCAGCCGUACGUGUACGGAAAAGGACAAGGCCAUGGAUAGAAUGUUCCCUGUUAGGUAAAUAUAGCUAUGUUUCCUAGUUCAUAUUUCAUUACUCUCCUUUCAAUAACACACGAAGACUUUGCUGGUGUUCUUUGCUACUGCUUCUGAAUGCGUUUAUGUGGAAACAAAGAAAGUUUA